AUGAUUGGUCAAAAAUACAAAAUUACUGUUUACGUUGAGCUACCAGAAUCACCGGUUAAUGAAGAAAUUGGAAUGUUUAUGCUCUGUGUUCGUUUGAGUGACAAAUUUGGCUAUCUUGUAUCGUCUUCUUGUCGACCCAGUAGAUUAAGGUACAUGAGCCAACUGUACCGUGCUGUUCAUACAUUGUUUAUGGUACCAUUUUACCUGACAGGAUUUUCAGCAGAAAAACAAUUAAUUCAGUUAGAAAUGUAUACAGAUUUUGAAGAAGAUCAAUUACAUCCAGUUACAGACAUUUACUUCGAGAUGUUAAACCAUGAUAUUCAAAUUUAUUCUGCCAAUAUAAACAUCUUUGCUAACCUGGGCGGUUUACGAUACCUCAUGUUUCAUUGGCCGAUAGUAUCGGCUUGUUUAGGAAUCGGAUCAACUUUCCUAUUUGUAUUUUUUGUGUUUUCAAUGUCAUGGCGACAUAUAUAUGAUUCUGAAGUUUAUAGAAGUGAACCAAAUGAUAUUUUAGCCCGAACAGCCAUCGAACAGUUGGAUGAAUUUGAUUCUGAGGAUAAAUCAGAAAUAUCAGAUGAUUUAUCUAAAAAAGAGUUUAUUCCUUAUAGUUUUUCAUCAUCCAGCCCAAUGAUUCCUGAACCAUAG